AUAGCUGAAGUGGUGUUUUUCUCCACUGUAAUAAUCAGAGACUGUGUUUAUUCACUGUAAGAUGAGCUGCUCGCUGCAGACGCAGAUCUGCUCCAUCUUGGAGGUGCUGCUGAAGGCGGCGGCGGCGCAGAUCGGGCAGCUGCUCCAGGAGGACGCGGCCGCGGUGCAGAUGGAGAUCCGCCGCAGGAACGAGGAGAUCCGCAGCCUGAAGAGCCGCCUGUGGAGCUGCGAGAGCCGGCUGGAGAGACUGACCGCUGCUCGCUGUUCUGUCGGCGUACAGGUGCACAUCACCGACCCCGGUGUGACGGCUCACGAUCAGGAGACGCUCAUGUUGACCAGUCCAAUGAUGAACGUCGUUUCAGAGGAGAAACCUCUUAUUUCUCAUGCACCGGAGCUCCAAUUACAGCCUCUUAAACGAGAAGAUCCUGCGAGUCGAGCAGCUCCACAUGCAGAGGAGGAAGAAGAAGAGGAAGAACUCAGCGGUCUGGAGCUCCAGAUGAAGAUCGAGCAGGUGGAGGAGUUUGUAGACCGGAAACUCAGCAUUCAUGAUGGAAACUCUCAGAUUUGGAGCUCGCAGAAAGAUUUCGAGCAUCAUCAGAGUCUAGCGGAGCCCGAGUCACAUGCACAGAGCUUUCCAGACACGUAUGCUAUGAUGAUGGAGGAUUCUGGGGCUUCAUCUGCUUUAGUUCAGGAGGACGACAGGAAUAAUGACUGUGAUUUUAAUCUCCUUCAGUCUCACGGACACAGCAGCGUAUCGGACGCAUUCUCACUCUCAGCAUCACAUCCGCCUAAAACACACACACAGAGUCUGCAGCAAGGAGAGGAUCCGCGGCUGCAGACGGGCCUCAAGCCGUACCGCUGUGAGGAGUGUGGGAAGAGCUUCACGCAGCGCACCAGACUGAUCACACACGGACGCGUGCACACCGGAGAAAAGCCCUUCCACUGCCGGCUCUGUGGGAAGAUGUUCUCCAGGCAGGACAACUGUCUGCGGCACAUGCGCUUACAUGGCGGACAGAGCUGGCCCACAGGGACGUAACACUGGACUGAUGGCCUGAGGGGUACUGCACAAAACUAAGGGAUUAAGGCCUUUUCACACCAAGCAAGAUAACUAAAAUAAUGCCAAAAAUCUUAAAAUUCUUAAAUCAAAAAGCAUUUCUAGUGAAAAUACAGUUUUAUUUACAGAAAUGAUAAUAUAUAGUCUUUUUCUUAAAGUCCACAUGAAAUCAACACUAACCAUAUUGAUGUUGUUAGCGCACAUUGCUAGUUUUGGGGCGAUCAAUUCAUCUGUGCAUGUCAUUGAGGAAAACUAAAUAGUUUGCCUUUGUAAUCUUCAAUUGAAAUAUGAAGAUGCACUUCCUGUUUGUUUUCAGCUAAAUUCUCAGAUCAGGGCUCCGUUCUUCAUACAUGGAUCACUCAAUUAGCUUGAUUUGGUUAUUGAUGAUUUGACACGCUCCAGGAUCAUUUCGUUCUUCAAAACUCAUCUGAGAGUUGUUGUGAUGGCAACAGUUCUGGUAGCUAAAAUCUGCUCAAGGGCAGCAGCUUAUUAAUAUAAACAGGAUUAGAUCGGCUCAUUUCAAGCAAAGGUAAUACUUUAAGUAUGUA